UCGGGCUUCUUUGGUGGUGGGUCAACUCUCCCUUAAAACACUUUCUGGAGCUGCACCUUAAUUUCGGUGUAUGUUGUACAAUGACAGUAAAGUUUCUAUUCUAUUCUAUUCUAUGAGGAUUAUUCUCCAUUAAAUAUCCGCCAAUAGUUCCCUUUCUCCUAAAUCUUACACACUGGACCUUAAAUCGAGACUCCACAGGUUGAAGUACAUUUUUUUGUUUCUUGUGGAAAGAAAACAUCCAGAGAGCAAAUUAACAAACUUAAGUUACACACCUUUUCUGUUCAUAUCUGCACAUUACAAUUUCCAUACAUUACAUCACGUCAUACAGUUUUCUCAAAAUAAUUUUUUUCCAGUUUUAUCCCUGUCUCACUUCUGAUUGUUUACAGGGAUGGAUAUUGUCAGUAUUUUCUGAUGUGGUGCUAAAAAGAGAAGUACAAAAAACCCUCUAUCAAAAUCUUUGGCACUAAUGACUUCUGCUCUUGAAAACUAUGCAAAUGAGUGCACACUUUAUUAUAGACAAUGUUUAGACAAUGAUUUGUUUGUUUGUGUGUGACUGCAUAAAUGAAUGAAGGUGGAGCAGCGGGUGGAACCAGCCAAAAAGGCGGCCCAGGUCGUUUACAAGAAGCUGCAGGGCUGCAUGCAGAGUCAGCCCGGGCUGGAGGCUGAGAGACGAAUGAAAAAGCUCCCUCUGAUGCUGCUGUCUGUCAGUAUCGCAGAGAGCCUCAAAGACUUUGACGCAGAGUCCUCUAUCAGGAAGGUGUUGGAGAUGUGCUGUUUCAUGGAGAAGAUGCUGGCCAGCAUGCUGGCCGACUUUGAGAUGAAACUGGAAAGGGAAGUCCUGGUGCCGCUCAACAAGCUCAGCGAGGAUGAUUUACCAGAGAUUCUCAAGAACAAGAAGCAAUUUACAAAGCUCACUACAGACUGGAACAAUGCAAGAAUCAGGAGCCAGGCCAGCACUGGUCCCCAGGCAAAGCAGGAGGGGCUUCGGGAGGAAGUGGAAGAGGCAUGGAGGAAGUUGGAGAGCAUCAAGGACCAGUACUCUGCAGAUCUGUACCACUUUGCAACAAAAGAAGAUUCCUAUGCUAAUUACUUCAUUCGUCUUCUCGAGCUGCAAGCAGAAUACCACAAACAUUCACACGAGUUCCUGGACAAAAACAUCAGCGAGCUCAAAGAGAAUCACAGUCAAAAUGGGCCAAUGCUGGGCCUCUCCAAUAAGAAAGUCUACGGGGAGCCUCUGCUGUCUCAUCUGUCUCAAAGCGACAGAGAAAUCGCCACACCCAUCCAGGAGUGUAUUCACAUGCUGCUGAGAACGGGCAUGGGAGAGGAGGGUCUGUUCCGUCUGGCGGCGGCAGCCUCGGUGGUGAAGAGGCUGAAGACUUGCCUGGAUCAAGGAACAGUGGACCACAGCGAGUUCAGCAUGGACCCACACGCUGUGGCCGGAGCUUUGAAGUGUUACCUUCGAGAACUGCCCGAGCCCCUGAUGACCUUUGAACUCUGCAAAGACUGGUUCAAAGCAGCUGGGGAAAAAGACUUGACAGAGAAACUGGAGCAGUUCAGAGUGUUGCUGAAGAAACUCCCACCUGAAAACUACAACAACCUCAGGUAUCUGGUGCAGUUUUUGUCUCUGUUGUCUGAGCAGCAGGCUGUGAACAAGAUGAGCCCCAGUAACAUCGCCAUCGUCCUGGGGCCCAACCUGCUCUGGCCCCGAGCUGAAGGUGAAGCUGCUCUGUUUGACAUGGCGUCAGCUUCUUCAGUCCAGGUGGUCACAGUUAUCGAGCCUCUUAUUCAGCACAGCUCCAGCCUCUUCCCUGAAGCUGUAUCCUUUGAGAUCCCAGACCUUCCUGAGUUCCCAGAUGUGACCAUUCCUGUUCCCCUUGCACCGUCUCUGAUCUCAGAAAAGGAGAAACUGAGUAGAGCAGUAUCCUCUUCAUCCACAACCUCCUCCGGCUCAUCCUAUCACCUCGCCCUCUCCAAGACAAACAGCGCAGCCUCUCAGGACAGUGGCAGCUUCUUCCUGUUGAAAUCUGGCUCUGUGAGUCGCAGUGGCACCUCCACAUGGGCCAGCCCUGCAGCUGAGCCAACGGCACUAACCCAGAAAAACACAACGUCCAGCGGCUUAUCAUCUCUCACUCCCGACCCCAUUCUGGCCUCCAAUACUUCCGCUGUCGGCAGCUCAACGGCGAACCAGAGCCCUUGUCCGCUUCCUCGAGUCACGGGAUCAACGCCAAACCCAGGUCAGACCAAGACCCCCACCCAGAAGCAGUGCUCGGAUAAAGGCCAGCUGGAGUCCAUUUUGGAGGCACCUCCACGCUCUCCCACAAUGAUGCUGAAGCAAACCUCCCUGCACAAACCAAAAAUAUCCUUCUGCAUGAACAAAGCUAGCGACGUGACGGUUCAGUUCUCUAAGCAGCCGAAAGCCCCUGGGCCUCCCAAGCUUCAGGCCCCUCCACACCCAGCCACAGCCAAAGCGGCCGCAGAGACUGGGACCCAGCCAAUACCCGCACCCAGAGCUCAGGCAGCCGCCCUGAAAAAGCCUCCACCGAAAAAGCCUGGACUCAGAGCACCAAAAUGCCCUCCACCACUUCCUCCACCAUCACAGGCCAAAGAAGUUCCCUCUGUAGCACCGUGAAAGACGUUAGAAACACGUCCUCCCUAUUGUUCAACAUUGUUAUUGUGCUGUUCAGUGCCUUCCAGGAUGUAUUUUAUAUCUGCAUUUUUUGGUUCUGCCCAUGUUUUCCAUAACCGUUACCAUUUAUUUAUUUGUCUAUUGAUGUCCGAUAUUUCCAAGAAUGCAAUGUCUUUUUGGUUAAAACAAAAAUAUCUAAAGCAAUAAAUGAAUCCACAUCCAAAAAAAGUCUGCCAGUUUUUUAAAAAUGUUUUUAGGUUGUAUUUUUCCAUAAAUCUACACCAUCACAGUGUUCAUUUAAGCUGGCAAAUGAUUUAAUGGACCUCAAGGCUGAAGUGAGGUUUGACUGUUGUUAAAUGAAACUCCACCCAAAGUCUGUUUUUCACAGAAAGGAUGUUGGCUGUGGUCAAUUUGAAUUCAUGCCAUUUUCAUCAGAUUUCUGUGGCUUCUGCUGCUUUUAGCUCUUUGACUUUUAAUCUUUCAGGAUUUCAGAUCAGUACUGCAGAUAAGAAACAUGUUAUACAUGAGAACACAUGUAAAUAAAACCAUAUUCAGC